UCCUCCAUUGUUACAUUGUAACAACCGGGGCCGGGGCGAACCGGGGGGAAGGAAAAGGCGUUCUCUCUCUCUCUCUCUCUCUCUCUCUCUCGGUCCAUUUACAACAUUCUGACACCGAACCACCACCAAACAAAAAAACCCGACCCGCGUCAAAGCGAGAAGACAAGCGAGGCUGAAAGAAAAGCAGCCGAACCGAACCCGCCCCGCCGAGAAAGACAGAAAGGGAUAAAACCAGCACAGAUGUCAGCGGAUUUCUCUCCAUCGCAAGCAGUUGAUGAAGGCUUCCUGCAGGAAGAUAAGACAUUUUAGAGGCUGCUGCUUUUUCUUUCUUUCUUUCUUUCUUUUUUUUUAAAAUUCUACAUUAUUCAUGUGUUGUUGGGGGGGGAGAGAGAAACCAAGUGAACACAAUGACGUCCCUGUUUCUGCUGUCUGCCCUUUAAAUAGAUAAGAGACAAGACAGGACAGACAGAGACAGAGACAGAGACAGAGAGGCAUGCAACGUUUCCAGGAACAAAAAACAAAACAAAACCCUGCAGGUCCAACACUCAGAUCUGUGCAGAACAAUGAGCAUGGAGCCCUGAAGUGAAGUGAGCCUCAGAUUUCACUACUACACACUAAAAAAAAAAAUAAAAAAAAAAAAUUGACAGUCACGCAAAGCUUUCUCAAGCCAGAUCACUUCGGGUUGCCGUAGUGCGAGUGCAAAGUGUGUUUUUUCUUCUUCAGGGUUUUGGCACCAAAAAAGGAAAAAAUAAGAGAGAGAGAAAGAAAGAAAGAAAGAAAAAAAAGGAGAAGGUCGAUCAGAGAUUUGAUGUGCAGCUCACGCUGGAGACAGACCUGCGAGCUGGUUGGAAUAAGGGUCCCUGUUUCUGCCUCAGACUCCCAGUUUCCAUGGAGGCAGGUUCGUCCCUCAGCCUCAAACGACGAUAUGAAGAGGUGGACAACAGCUCUCCAUUCUCUACACCGAAGGACUCAGACGAUGACAUCUCCAGCAGUGACAGCGCGGACAGCUGUGACAGCCUCAACCCCCCUUCUAGCACUGCAUUUACCCCCACCUCCAUCCUCAGACACCACAAGCCGUCACCGGGGGGCAAGCGGGUACGGUUCGAUGUGGUGACGGUGUAUUACUUCCCCCGGCGGCAGGGAUUCACCAGCGUGCCCAGCCAGGGGGGCAGCUCCCUGGGCAUGGCCCGCCAUCACUCCUCCAUCAGGCACUACACGCUGGGAGAGUUCGCCAGAGAGCAGGAGACGAGCCACCGGCACACGUUACGCCAGCACCUGCGCCAAGAGAAGCUCAACGCCCGCAAGAUGAAGCUGACGAGGAACGGCACGGUGGAGUGCGCCCAGGCCGACCUGCUGACUCUGGAGGACGUAUCGGACGAGGACCUCGACGUGGACGGGGUGGAGGUGGACGACUGCUUCUUCCUCCAGCCGCUGCCCACGAAGCGGCGCCGGGCCCUGCUGCGAGCCUCCGGCAUCGCCCGCAUCGACGCGCGCGAGAAGGCCGAGCUCAGAACCAUCCGGCUCUCGCGGGAGGAGUGCGGCUGCGACUGCCGCCUGUACUGCGACCCUCGCCACUGUGGCUGCAGCCAGGCCGGCAUCAAGUGCCAGGUGGACAGAAUGUCGUUCCCGUGCGGCUGCUCUCGGGACGGCUGCGGCAACGUGGCGGGUCGCAUCGAGUUCAACCCUCUACGUGUCCGAACGCACUACCUGCACACCAUCAUGAAGCUGGACCUGGAGAAGAGGAGGAUGCUGAUACAAGGGAACGGGGACCAGUUUUCUGAAUCCGACCCGCUGUCCUCGCCCUCGUCCACCUGCCCCACCUCUCCGGACGUGUCCUCGGUGGCUGGCCUGGACUCUGAGCUGGAGGAGAGCGAGGUGCAGACGGUGGUGGUGCAGGAUCUCCUGGCAGAGCAGGACAUUCUGGAGCGAGAGAACGAGACGGCUGUUCUGCACCUGCAGAGCGCGGAGGAGCAGGAGAGGAGGGAGAGGGAGGAGGCCGAGGGGGAGGCGGUGCAGCAGGAGCUGGGCGCCGGAGGUCUCACGGAGCAGCCUCUCUGCCUCAUGCCCGGCGGCUUGGGAGGGGAGCAGGCGGAGGUGCCGGGCGUGGAGCAGGUCCUCCUGCAGGGGCCGUUCCCCACGGGGGCCACGGUGCUCUGCAUCACUGACAACCAGGAGGAGAGCCCCUCUGACCUCCUCAAAGACUCCACUUCUCUGCUCUACUAUCAGCUCAGUCCCAUAGAGCCUGGAGCCUUUGAGACCCUGCCGCGGGCGGAGGAGGCAGAGCAGGAGGAGGUGAGAGAUUCAGGAGGGGGCGAGUGUUUGGAGAGGAAACAAGAAGGAGGAGACGAGUCGAAGGUUGAUAAGCCUGAAGAGAUCACCUGCAGGCAGAGCUCGGGCAAGCCUUCGUCCAGUGUGAUUCUGCGCUCAGAGGAUCGUGUGGGUGUCGAGGAGGAGGAGGAAGAGGAGGAGGAGGAAGAGGAGGAGGAGGAGGAGAGGCCCUCGAGUCUCCCCGAGGAUCAGUGCCACCGGGGGUCCUGCCUGGAGGGAGAAGUCGAUCCACUGCCUCCUGAAGUUUAGUUCUAGCUUCUCUGCAGAUGUUUUGCACAAUAGCUUCAUCUAAGAUGGAAAAAAAAAAAAAAAUUACAUGUUUCACAUUAUUAUUACCGCUAUCAUCAAGAAUGAUUACAGGUUGCAAUCUCUUGUAGUGGCUGUCGUUGAAUAAUGUGGAGAACGAGCUUGAGUAGUAUGAUACAUGAAGAAGAAGAAGGGCUGGGGGUGCUGAGAGCACAUACAGAUCACUCCCCGGAAGUAAUGUGGAUGCAGUUACAGGGCAACGUUGUACGUAAUUCUGCUGGGGGUGAUGAACGCGGCCUUAAUGGAAAACAUAACAACACUUGUGUGUGUAGGCGUCAUUUGUCGAUGAGAAAGUGCAGCAAGUAGUGCUUUGUUAAUUUCCAGCGCAGCAAACAGAAAAAAACACAAUGUGUGAAUGCUGACAUAAGCCUUUUGUUUGGUGAUGUAUUAAGCUAUCAACACUAAACACAAAUUGUUUUGCAGUGCGCGAGAUGCCGGCGUAUUUAGAUGCUCGUCGGCUCACUUUCCACGACGGCACACGCGUGUGUGUGUGCUGUAAGCCAAAUGCCAAAUGAAAGGCCUCCGAUCGUACCCUCCGCCGAAGAUAGACCUAAUAAUCCUGGAAAUACUUGUUUUUGUGUACUGUAUAUGCGUUUGCGGAGUGCACCGCAGAGCCGAGGUCGCUGCUUACUUGAUCUGUAUGCACAUUGUGAGCCGAGCGCAGCGAGUGUUGCGGCUCUGCUGUGAUGAAGGUAAACCAACACUGAGCAGCAGAUCAGCAGAUCAGCUCUGGCCUUAGUUGUUGCUCCUGCUCAUCUUGGGCUGCUCGUGCAGAUGCAGUCGAUUUGUCAACAAACAAACGAAAAACUCCUAGUUUACCUGUAGUUACAAUGCCUAUGAUAUUACUUAUUAUUUCUCUGAGUAAUGUGUCUGUUUGUGGUUUAGAUGCUGUUGGUUUGAAGUCCUCGCAGUCCUUGUUUUUUUUUUUUCUUCUUAUGAAUGAAAGAAGUGUUAUUUCUUCACACGGCUGCAGUGAAACGCCAUGUGGUCGGUCGUGUCCUGUCACGAUGAAAUGCCAGAUCUUCACAAUCCUCCUCCUCUUUUUUAAAAAAGGUGCUAUAUGUAAGAAUUGUUCACCUGCGUCCACCCCUCAUGUGAGAAACAAGGAAAUGCUCAAUAGCUCUUUUCUGUCAUCGUCCGCCGGCACCAUCUGACAGUCAUGGACUACUGAAUCCUGUUCCAUCCUAACGUUGUGAUUUAAAAGGCGUCCCCUCAAAGGACAUGUGGGGGAGAAAAAGAUUUUUUUACAGUUUACAGCAGCUCAGUGCGCUCAUGUUUACAGCAGCUCUAGAUGUCACAACAUACUCAAGAAUGGAGGUUUAAUUUCUGAAAUAUCUCUUGGAAUCCCUCGCACUCUACCAGACUGAUCGGCAGCGUAUAUCUCAUCGUACGGUAACUCAGAGAGGACACACUCCAAAAACUCAAAAAAUACAAAACCGCUGUCACCAUCGUCAUCGCAGCUUCAUUAACUACAUGUUAGCAUUAACUAUAUGUUAGCAUUAGCAGCAGCUCUACACAAGCGUCUGUAGAUCUACAUGAUGCUACAUGGUUAGCAUGCUAGCUCCUGUAGCCACCUGUGCAACACGAGAUCUUUGACAGAGCGGCAACACUGUUAUUUUGUAGGUUUAAAUUAAAAGAAUCUUACAUAUAGCCCCUUUAACGAGUCAAACCAUGAUGGGAGGGGAGGUGAUUGUGGAUCGGUGACAGUGACACUCAAAGAGUCAAAGCGAGAGAUUUGUUCUACGAAACGAUGUGAUGUUACUAAUUUAUGAAGCAGAUUGACAACGACAUGGAUUUUGUAUAUUUUAUGUUCAAUCUGUACAGUGUGUGUGUGUGUGUGUGUGUGUGUGCCUAUUUUACAUCUGUGUGUGUGUGUGUGUGUGUGAGAGAGAGUCGUGCAUGCACAUGUGUAUGUGCUGUAUUAUUAUGAAAUAAUAAUGGGGGGGAGGGAGUAUAUUAGUGAGGAUACAUAUUUUAUUCCUGAAAUUAAAAAAAAAAAAAAAAAAAAAGGUGCUGAUGUUAUAGAUUUACAAUUCACCGAUCUUUCUCCCCGCCAUCAUGAGGAGUCUGAUUUCGAGGAGAAGUUUCUCGAUGACUGAUGUACGACGUGUCAGAGAGCCUCUCGUAGGAACGCAAUAGCUACUGCACUGCAAAUCAUCGAUGUGGCGAUUUUCUUUUUGUUUUUGUUUUUGGGAUGAGGUGUUUUUUGUCAUCGAGUAUGUAUGUACAAAAAAAAAAAAAAGCUAAUCGUAUAACAUUUCUGGUCUUUAAAUGUCUUUUUCUAAACUACGUCUGAUUAAUGCCGAUCUGCGUAAGUGUGCCGACGCUUCUUACACAAAGUCAGUCCUCCGUGUUGCCGCCGAAAAGGACUUUGCGGCCGUUGCUCUCGGUAACACAGGACGUGCUGCUGUGUAUGAGACGUCUGAUGUAUUUCUUUGCCUUUUUUCUUCUUUUUUUUUUUCCUUUAAUCGUCUUAAUAUAAAUCUACUUAAAGAGUUGCGCCAAAAGCAGUGGUUUCAAACCUUUAAUUAAAAAAAACAAACGAUGCUCUCAUCCAUCAGACGUUAACAAAGCAGUCUCAUGUCGUUAUUGUGAGGCUGGAGAAUCGUUGUGGCCCUUUUGUGUUUGCGUGACUUGCCUUGACAUAGUGCCAUCUUUGAAGUGAUGAUGAUUACAAGCUGCCUAUUGUUGCGCUUUUGUCCUCGGCUUUCUACUAAUAGACUUCGGUUUGGGACCACUGCAUCAUAUCCACUCCACUACACUACGUGAUUGUGUGUUUCUCCGUGUGAAAGGAGAGUGUGUGAUUGUUGGAAAAGACUGACACGUUUAGACUUCUUCAUCUAAAAAGCUGUGAGAGCGACUCUCAUGCUAACUGUUGCCUAAAGUGGACAAAAAACAUUUUUUUUAUACAAAAAUAAAGAACAAUAAAACAUUCAUUUUAAAAAGUA